AUGGAUAAUAGAGCAGCUCAAUAGAGAAUUGGUUAAAUUAGAUAAUAGAUUGUUUAAGAAAUUGAUGAUAAAGAUUAAAAAUUAGAGUAUGCAUAAUUGUGGGCAGGCUUUUACAAAAAGACAUUGCAAUAAAGAUUAGAUUAAUUGAACAAAAUUUAGAAUGUAAAUGUUGAACAUUUCAAAGAUGGGGGUUUGUCAUUGUAAAAUGCAAAUUUAAUGGUUGAAAAUUGUAUAGGGAAAAUUGGAAUGCCUCUAGGAUUGGGAUUAAAUUUUCUCAUAAAUGGUCAAUAUUAUAUAAUUCCAAUGGCUAUUGAAGAACCCUCUGUUAUAGCAGCAGCAAGUGCAGCAGCCAAAACUAUUGCAGACUGUGGAAAUGGAUUUGAAACUUAUUCAACUAGACCAGUUAUGAUGGGUUAAAUAUAAUUGCUAAAUGUUGAAAAUUAUUCAAAAGCCGAAUGUCUGAUCGAUUCAAAUAAAGUAUCAAUAAUAAACAGAGGCAAUUAAGCAUGUGCAAAUAUGGUAAAAAGAGGAGGUGGAAUUGAGGAUGUUAAACUAAGAUAAUUGGGAGAAGGCCAAGCUUCUGUAGAUAUUUUUAUAAAUGUUUGCGAUAGUAUGGGAGCCAACAUAGUUAAUACAGUAUUGGAACAUUUGGCUCCUUUGAUUGAAGAAAUUACAGGACAUCAAGUGGGGAUCAAGAUUUUGACAAAUUUAUGUUUGAACAGAAAAGUCACUUCAUAAUUUAGAUUAAACAUUGAAAAAAUGAAUUAUAAGAAUUAUACAGGGCAAUAAGUUGCCUAAAUGAUUUUGAAUGCAUAUAAAUUUGCUGAAUUAGACUACUUUAGAGCAGUUACUCAUAAUAAAGGGAUUUUAAAUGGAAUUGAGGCAGUUUGUAAUGCAACUGGCUAAGAUGGUAGAGCAGUGAAUGCGUCAUUGCAUGGAUAUGCUUGUUUAAAUGGUAAGUAUAAGCCAUUAUCGAAAUACUGGGUUGAGGGAAAUGAGUUUAUAGGAGAACUAACUAUUCCAAUAUCUGUUGGCACUUAGGGAGGAGUUAUGUCUUAAAACCCUUUGUAUUAAGCAGUCUUAUAGAUUCUAGAGUAUCCUGAUUCCUAAAGGUUAGCUGAGAUUAUGGCAUGUGUUGGAUUGGCCUAAAACUUUGCAGCUUUGAGAGCAUUGACUGUGGAAGGCAUUCAAAAAGGGCAUAUGUCUUUGCAUGCUAAGAAUAUAGCUAUUUCAGUGGGAGUGCCUGAACAUCAAGUUGAGGAUGCAGUAUUAUUCAUGAAGAAUAGAGGUAGUUUUAGAAAGGAGACUGCCAAAGAGUUUUUGAAAGCAUACCAUUUGUUUUAAGAAAUAGGGAAGGUUAAGGGGAAGAAAAAUCAGUCUUUGUGUACUUUUUCUGCUCAAUUUCAAUUGGAAGGGUCUUAAGAGAAAGUGGAAUUGCAUGUUGUUUUUGAUUGUCAUUCAAACAAAAGGAUUGAUGUUGAUUUUUUGAGUAAAUCAGAAAUCUCAAUUAAAUUAUUUGGGUCGAAAAGCCAUACAUGGUUUUAACAUUUAUUUAAGAUUAUAAAUAUAGUUAAAAUUGAAGAGGAAUCGGAGAGUUUACCUAAAAAAGGUUUAACUGUUAAAUUAAAAGUGAUUUCUAUUUUGAUCAAUUUGUUAAGUUAUAAUUUAUUAAUAAUUGAUUAUGAGAAAACAAGAAACUAUCUCAAUUAUGUAUUGAAUCAAUAACACAUUGAUUUUCCUGAUGGUGAAAUAGAAUUUAAAUAUGGAAUUGCUCUUUUGACUGAGUUAUUGCAUAUUUUUGAAUACAAUAUCCAACAAUUCAUAGGUGAGUAAGUCUUAAAGAAUGCACUGUUGAAUGAAUAAAAUUUGAUCAUUAAGAGUCAUCUGAAUAGUUUUGAACUCUGGCAGAAAGCAAAACUAGAUAAAGAGUUUCAGAUGGGCAACUUUUGGCUCUACAGAAAGAAACGGCUGUCUUGUACAAUGAUGUUAUUGUGUGAUUGCAUUAAUUUCAAAACAAUAGAUGAGAAAUUAGUAGAAUUGAUGAAACAAUUAGGAGAUGUCUAUGAGAUUGAAAUAACAUUGACAAGAGACACUGAAAAAUGGAAGGAUGCCACUCUUAAAGAUCCCAACAUUUACACUUAUUGGUUAAUGCAACACGAUCAGUUACUAUAAGGAGAUAGAAAUUGUGUCUUGGAUUAAUUUAAGAAUGAAUCAUCUGCCAUGUUAGAAAUGAAGAGACAACGAAUCUAACCACUCUUACCAUCAUCUAUGGCUCAUCUAUCAAAAUAAGCUACUACGGCUGUUAGUUUACUGUAUCAAUCAAGAUUUUGA